CCGUGUAAGCCGCGGGGCAUCUUGCCCGGCGGCACCCGCCGCUUUCCCUUCCUCCCCAUCCCCUGCCUUUCUCUCUCCCUCUUUUCCUCCCCGGCACCUCCCGGCCCUGGUGGGGGGCCGCCGCCCCUGGCUGGCCGCGGGAAGGGUGCCGGGACGCGGCAGCCCCCUUUAUUCCCCCGCGGAAACUUUGGCCGUCGCGGAAGGGGGAGGAUGGAGCUAGGGGAGGCCGUGGCGUCCCCCCUUAACUGGUCCCGAGAUGAGGCAGAGCCGCCCCGCGGGGAGUUCAACCUCUCCGGGCUGCCAGUGACAGAGGGGAAGCCCCUCUUCGGCAUCGGCAUCGAGAACUUCAUCACCUUGAUCGUCUUUGUGUUGAUCUUUGCCAUGGGGGUGCUGGGCAACUCGCUGGUGAUCACGGUGUUGGCAAGGAGCAAGCCAGGCAAACGCCGCAGCACUACCAACAUCUUCAUACUCAACCUGAGCAUCGCUGACCUGGCCUACCUGCUCUUCUGCAUCCCCUUCCAGUCCACAGUCUACGUGCUCCCUACCUGGGUGCUGGGUGCCUUCGUCUGCAAGUUCAUCCACUACUUCUUCACCGUCUCCAUGCUGGUGAGCAUCUUCACGCUCUCGGCCAUGUCGGUGGACCGCUAUGUGGCCAUCGUGCACUCUCGACGCUCCUCAGCCUUGCGUGUUUCUCGCAACGCACUGCUGGGUGUGGGGCUCAUCUGGGCGCUCUCCUUCGCCAUGGCCUCCCCUGUGGCUCACCACCAGCACCUCUUCCACCGCGAGGCCUCCAACCAGACUUUUUGCUGGGAGCAGUGGCCCAACCCACGCUACAAGAAGGUCUAUGUGGUUUGCAUGUUUGUCUUCGGAUAUCUGCUCCCGCUGCUGCUCAUCUCCUUCUGUUAUGCCAAGGUUCUUAAUCAUCUGCAUAAGAAGUUGAGAAACAUGUCAAAGAAGUCAGAAGCAUCCAAGAAAAAGACAGCACAGACUGUGUUGGUGGUGGUAGUGGUUUUUGGCAUCUCCUGGCUGCCGCAUCACGUGAUUCAUCUCUGGGCUGAAUUUGGAGUUUUCCCACUGACUCAAGCCUCCUUUCUCUUCAGAGUAACAGCACACUGCCUGGCUUACAGCAAUUCUUCUGUGAACCCGAUUAUAUAUGCAUUUCUCUCUGAAAAUUUUAGGAAGGCCUACAAACAAGUCUUCAAAUGCCAGAUAGGUAACGAGUCACCUCUGAAUGAUGCCAAGGAAAAUAGAAGUCGAAUAGAUACACCACCGUCUACCAACUGUACACAUGUGUGAACUUUGAAAAGUCAUAAAAUGUUGGCUUCUCACUUGUGUGAACCAGACACCUAGAAAACAAAGCACAAUGAGCUUUAUCCUGGGUUUAUCUUGAUGAAGCUAAUUGGUAUUUAAUGGACUGAAGUUGCAUUUGUAGCAAAAGUUUGUGAAACUGGUAUGAAAGAAAGAUCCUUUGCAUCUUAGCUUUGUCAAAUGAAGCUGUUGGACCUUUAAAAGAUACUUGAGAAAAAAUGUUGGAGAUAUGUGUGUGUCUAAGCACAGGUGUGUAAACGUUCUAAUAUACAAGAAGGAAAUGUUGACAUGGACAAGUAACUUUCUGACAUCUUACUCCAUCGAAGUGAAGAGAUGGCUAAAUUUUCUGUCUUACAGAUACUAAAUACUUUAGUAUUAUGAUUUCAGAGAGGAAAACUCUUGUUCUCUCUUCAGAUUGUUUUGACAAUGCCUCUUCACUUUUUAAUGUAAACAUGGGCUCUGAUUCAGAGUUGAAAUAACCUGUGUACAACUCGAGGCAAUUAUCUUAGAGAGGAAACACCAAUUAUACCUGUUUAGCUGUCUUUUUAAUGUAACAUACUGAGUAAUGAUGGAGUUCUUUCCACUUCGUACAGCUGCCUUUUGUGUAUGCUGUGUAAGGUUUUGUUUAUGGCCUGUAUGUAGUUGUACCAAAAUGAGGAUCUAUGUCUAUCUGAGGGAAGGUAUUCUUCGUGUGUUGCAUGUGUGUGUAUGUUUUGUUAACUUUAUAGACUUUGAGGUGGAGGUAAGGUUUUAAAUGUGCAAUAUAUACAUAUAUUUUAAAAUAUUAUGUUGUAUAAAGUGACUCUGGGCAAUGCUUAAAUGUUCAGAAACAGUAUUACCUUAAAAAUUGUAGCAGGGGCUUGGUAUCGUGUAGCUCUAAAUUGGAAAAACUCAGAAAGAUUCAUUUAAAUCAAUACAGAAUACAUAAGGUAAAUGGCCCAAUUCUGCAAAUUCUUCAAUAGGAUGAGUAGUUUCAGCAAUUUUAUAAAAGUACUUAAUAUGUCUUUAUGUGGUAAGCCACUGAAGAAAUAUUGGAAAGGCACUCAGUCCAUUCAGAACCUUACUGUUAGCUGGAAUGAGAUAUGGUUUUACCUUUUUAAGUUGAGUACAUAAAGUUGAAGAAACCUCCAGACAUCCACUCAAGGCAGGGAUAUCCUCAGAGUAGGACUGCUUCCUUAUUUAGGGAAGUUUUGAAAAUUUCUAAGGAUGGAGAUUCAACAGGUUUUGGGGGAACUUGUCCCAGUGCCUAAUCACUCACACUAAACAUUUUUUUCUUAUCCCAGCUGGGAUUUCCCUUGAUUGUGACUUGUUGCCUUCUGUCCUUUUUUACUGUGUACUUAAGUCUUCUCUCUAACAAAUAUGUAAUUUAAGAUGGCAGUUAAAUUUCACCCAACAGUCUCUUCUUAAACAAUGCGUCACUGUCUGUCUCUCCUCAUCUCUCGUGAUCCAGCUCCCUAGCCAAAUUAGUGGCCUUCCACUGCCCUUUCUCCAGCAUACCAUCCCUCUUGUGAUCUUGGGAGCUCAAAACUGAACAGAGUGUUCCAGAAGUGUCCUCACAAGCACUGAGUAGGCUAAUCGCUUCAGAGUGUUGGAAGCACAUCAACUAUGGGGGGGUUAGCUCACAUGAAAAUGUCUAUGUU